UAUUCCCCUCUUUAAUUGUAAGGAAGCUAUCAAAUAGCAUUUCAGUGCUCAGCCGGGAGCUCCAACUCACUCCAUUGAGAAAGGUCUGCUCAGUGUGCUCUAGACCAAAGGCCAUGCGAGUUGUUGUGAUAGUGACAUGCCUCGUGCUGGGGUCGUGCGGGGCCUCCAGAGACCCAAAGGUCACUAUCAAACAGGGCAGCCUCGUCGGGAAGACCAUGACAUCGCGGGGUGGAAACAAAAUUUUUGCAUUCCAGGGAAUCCCCUAUGCCGCACCACCAGUGGGAGAUUUGAGGUUCCAGGAACCGAAGGAAGCCCCGAGCUGGACGGGCGAUCGGAUGGCAAAGAGAGAGGGCAAUGAUUGUACCCAGCGGCACUUUGUGCUGCCGCAGUUUACUGGGACUGAAGACUGCCUCUACCUAAAUGUUUACACGCCCAAGACCGACGCAGAAGGUCUUCCAGUUAUGUUUUGGGUUCACGGCGGAGGAUUUUCUUCUGGAUCGGGAGGCACGGAAUUGUUUGGCCCCGAGUUUUUGCUAGACCAUGGCAUUGUCCUUGUCACAAUAAAUUACAGACUGGGAAUGCUCGGUUUCCUGAACCUUGGUAUUCCUGAGUUUCCUGGAAAUUACGGACUAAAGGAUCAAGUGGCGGCUUUAAAGUGGGUUCAAAACAACGUAGCUUCUUUCGGAGGCAAUCCUAAUUCCGUGACAAUUUUCGGGGAAAGCGCUGGAGGCGCUAGUAUCCAUUAUUUACUCAUUUCUCCACUGACAAAAGGAUUGUUUCACCGUGCCAUCAUUCAAAGCGGCUCUGUGUUCAAUCCCUGGGCAAGUCUACCAGACGCCGAAAGGAUAGGCCUUGAAUCUGUCAAAAAUUUAGGCUGUGACCAGGAAAAUCUGAGCGACCUUUCCGAUUGUCUACGGAAGAUUAGUGCUAAAAGUUUUUCCGAGGAAGGAGUCGCGAUGAAAGCAAGAGAGCGCCGUAUCGUAGAAUUCACGCCGAGCGUCGAGCCAGAGGGAACUGAAAACGCAUUUUUACCACGCCAUCCAAGCGAACUGCCCAUGGCCGACGUGCCUGUAAUUACUGGUCUUACUACGCAUGAAGGAAUGCUGCAGUUCGUGCUUAAAAGGCCGCUGGAUGUAGAAAAGGAAUUUGGUGAAAACAAAGACUUUUACGUAAUGAAGGAGUUGGGGCUUCUCGAGAAUUCGCCGCUGUGGCUCAAAAUAUGGGAGAAAAUUGAGAAGUAUUAUAAAAGUCUUCCAGGUGAUGCAAUGGAGCAGUAUCUGCUGCUUGCUUCUGAUGUUGAUUUUGCGGUUGGAGUCGACAGAACUUUGCGAAAAGCAGUGGCUUCGGAUAGAAAAAGUCCGAUUUUCCUCUACGAAUUCACGCACGACGGCACAUUAGGUUUGCUAAAAAUUAUGGCUCAGAUAAAACGACCAGGAACUUGCCAUGCUGAUGAGCUGGGAUACCUUUUCACUCAGGGCAUGUUAGCUGGUUGGAAAAAAGCACCGCCGAGGGAUAAGAAAGCUAUCGAUGUUAUGACCAAAUUGUGGACAAACUUUGCAAAGACUGGAAAUCCAACUCCCGAUGAUUCAUUGGGCGCACUUUGGUUGCCAGUGGAAAAAACAAGUUCCAACCCUGAAGAGCUCAAAACCCGUCAUUUGAACUUGAGUGAAAAUCUGGUCAUGAAAGAGGAAAGCCUUAAUGAGGAUAGAAUGCGAUUAUGGUCCAGUAUUUAUCAGGAAAGCAAAAGAGCGCGCAAAGAAGAGCUCUGAUGCAAAAAUAAUGAUUAGUGUACAUUAUUAAAUGUGAAAAAAAAAAUGUAAAAAGGCUGCUUAAAUAAGAGCUAUCGAGUAAUAUUUAUUUUGGUGAGCAGGAUUGCUAAUUAAAUUAAAAAUAUUACAAACGUGUUGCUUCAUUAUGCUGAAAAAAGACUCAUUCCGCGCCCACUGAAAAUUCAUCAUUCCAAGCGCUUUACUUAUUUGCUCAACAUCUAUAGUCUAGCUCAUCGUCCUUGUGAAUGAAAACUAGCAAAUAGUAAUAUAACUCAUUCAUACAAAAAAAAACUA